AUGCUAGCGACGAUGGGUCUACAGGCACCCGAGCAGGUCGUCAUUAUUCUAGCGACAGGGUCUGGCAAGACGUUAAUUUUCAUGGUCGGGGCUGCAUUGGAGGGUUCUGCAACAACCAUACUGAUCCUUCCCACCGUAGCCCUUUCCGGCAACAUGCUCGGACGCCUCGACAAGGUUGCGUUAAAGCACCACAUCUGGCACCCAGGCUCGAGGAGGUCGGCGCCCAUCGUCAUCGUAUCGGCCGAGGCAGCUUGCACAGAAAGUUUCCUCGAGUAUGCCAACCAACUAUGUAGUCGACAACAGCUAGACAGGAUAGUGGUUGAUGAAUGCCAUCUCACCAUAACGGCAGGGAGCUACCGACGGAGUAUGUCGCAGCUGGCAUGGCAUAUACGGCAGAUCCGCACACAGACCAUCUGGCUGACUGCAACACUACCGCCGGUCUAUCAGGAGCUCUUUACCGAGCACAACAAGCUCGUACGGCCACAUAUCAUCAGAGAGUCAACAAAUCGCCCCAACAUCCGAUAUAUUGUGCGUCGGGAAUGUGGGCCAGGCGGUCUUUGCGAGCGGGCAGUUCGUCUUGUGCAGUCAUGCUUGACUCGGACAGACCUGUUCUUCGAGAGGGGGCGGGAUAAGAUUAUCAUCUACUGCCCGACGAAGGACCUUGUGGCAGAACUCGCCGAACUGCUCAGUUGCCCAUCCUACACGUCCGAUUCCGGUACGGCGGAGGAGAAGCAGGCGAUCCUAGAGCGAUGGCUGGCAGCUAUCGACUCGCCCGUCAUUGUGGCGACAUCAGCACUAGGCCCCGGCUUCGAUCAUCCACAUAUCAGAUAUGUUAUACACAUUGGUGCCCCAGUGCUCCUCACAGACUUUUCGCAAGAGUCAGGCAGAGCAGGCCGGGAUGGGAAAAGGGCUGAGUCGAUCGUCCUACUUAGCGCGGCCUGGCAGCCACAGCUAGAUCGACGUCUGGGGCCGGACGAGGAGGCGAUGCAGCUGUAUCUCACACAGCGUUACUGCUCACGGGGCAUUCUCAGUCAGUUCCUCGACGCACAGCCGGACUGGCGAUGGUGCAUGGAGGGCGAGGAGCUCUGUGACGUCUGUCCGGAAUACCACGCCCAACGCCGGCCACCUACCCUAGACUUUCGCCUACCCCCGCCAGCCAUCGAGACUGUGGGCCAGGUUAGCGGGGACAAAAAUCAGGCCGGCGAUGAUGCUGUUGUUGAGAUAAUGACCUUUACUGGGCCUGCUGAGGUGCUUCGCCAGGAUGCAGUAUGUGACAGAGAACUAAGCCAAUACGAGAAAGAUAUGGAGACGAUGAUGGGCUGCUGCCUCUACUGCCGGGUGGAAGGCAAACCAUUUGAGCAUUCUGCCACUACCUGUGCACGUCGCCACGACUGGAUCAGAGCAAAGACUAAAGCACUUCUCGGCCAGGACGCACUCAAUGGUUCUUGA